AUGCGCCGGAUCCCUCCAGCACACCUCUUCGGCGUAGCUCCAGUUCGCGAUGAGCUCCACUGCUUCGAAACAAGCUGGCUGCUCUCUCCCGCCACUCUCGCCGGCUUGCGCGGACUGAUCUCCAUCUACAUCUUCGCCUCGAUCCUGGCCAUUUGGAUCUUCGAUGGGACCCACGGUGAUCGCGCCGCCAUCGGCCAGUCCUUCAGCUAUUUUACCUGGCUCACGUACUGGGGAUUGGGCUUCUACACGCUCUUCGCAGCUAUCCAUGGCUUUUGCUACGCAAUCACCGGACGCUCGGUGCUCUUCGACCGCUGGCCGCGGGCCCUGCGCGCAAUGCACGCCAUCCUCUAUUCGUCCGUGACCACGCUGCCUUUUCUAGUGACGAUCGUGUUCUGGGGCAUCCUCUACAGCAACGGCGUUUUCAAGGACGCCUUUACAACCUGGUCAAAUAUCUCCCAGCACGCCCUCAACUCCCUCUACGCACUUCUAGAAAUCAUACUCGCAACCACGGCCCCGCACCCGUGGAUCACAUUACCUUUCCUUAUUCUGAUCCUGCUGUUCUACCUCUGCGUAGUGUACAUUACCUUUCAUACUGAAGGUUUCUACACAUACGGCUUCCUAGAUACUGAGGGCGGGAACAAAUCGGGAGUAGUGGCGGGAUACUGCUUCGGCAUCCUCGCGGCGAUCCUAGUGAUCUUCGUCAUUUCUUGGGCUGUGAUCAAGCUGCGCGCGUGGCUGGUGAAGGGCCGAGUGAAGAGGGCCCCGAAGGAUCCUUUUUACGGGCAGCAUCGAUCUAGCCUGGAAGCCGGGAUGCAGCCUGAAACAAGCGAAGUGAAGCACGAGCGGGUCUAG